AUGCAUUUUAAAGUGAAAUUUUUCUUUUGUUCAAAAGGCAGAAAAGAAAAUUGCGGUUUCCCGCAAAUAAAGUCGCCCUACAGUCCCUCUGCGCAGCCUCACCUCACAGCUGUUCGACAAUUUUAUUCAGGCGUGUCCUCACUAGAAGCAGCGAAAGACUUCACCGUCGACGGCCUCACCGGCUACAACGGCAAGAAAAAGAAGAAAAAACGCAGACAUAGCAGGACCAUCUUCACCUCGUACCAGCUGGAUGAGCUGGAAAAGGCAUUCAAGGACGCGCACUACCCUGACGUGUACGCAAGAGAGAUGCUCUCGUUGAAGACCGACCUGCCCGAGGACAGGAUACAGGUCUGGUUCCAGAACCGACGAGCCAAGUGGCGCAAGACCGAGAAGUGCUGGGGCCGGUCCACUAUCAUGGCUGAGUACGGCCUCUACGGGGCGAUGGUGCGCCACUCGCUUCCACUACCGGAAACCAUCUUGAAGAGCGCCAAGGAGAACGACAAUGUGGCGCCCUGGCUACUCGAACUGAAUGGCAGACGGGCAAAUCGGCUACCUGAUGGCAUGCACCGCAAGUCGUUGGAGGCGGCACAGCACCUCAAGGAGUCGGGGUCGGAGCGCGAGGGCUCCGAGGCGGAGGCGGAGCGCGCGCCCUCCGCCUCGCCGCACCGACACGACGUGCACGACAACCAGGCACAAAGUUCACCCGGCAGCAGCACGACAGCUUCCUCAUCAGCGAAGGGACGCGCGUCACCCGACGGUCGCGAACUUUACGAGGACCCUGAGGCUUUCCGCAACAACAGCAUCGCCUGUCUCCGAGCUAAGGCGCAGGAGCACCAAGCGCGACUACUGUCCAACAAUCUUCUCCUCCAGGUGCGCGGCUUGCAGCGAGCGAGCGGCGCGACGAGCGUGACGGAGGACGAGGGCCCGGCCGACAUCGACGUCGGCACCGAGCCGCCGCCGCUCGACGCCGCGCGCCUCUACUGACCGCCGACGCCCGCCCGCCUGCCUGCUGACAGCUUAUCUAAGCCAUGCUAUCCGAACUCGACCCAUAUUGAUACGCGACCAUUCUAAACAACAACAUUGGGACAAUUCGUUUAUCGGUGAUACAUUCGCUGAAAGCAAUGGGAGUCGAGGGUGUGCCUGGAAGAUCUCCCAUUGGAUACGCAUCGCGUGGUACGGUGUUGUGAUUGGUGGUGAAGUGCUGGUCUCUCGGCGCGGAACUGUUCGUACUUAAGUGUAAUUAUGUACAUUGUAGAUCUAGAAGUAUUUAACUAAAUCCCCGUUUUUCGUGCAAUACCCUUAGUUAAGUAUUUAUCCGAUUAGCCGUUGUGUUAGCGCUGUAUAAAGUUCGGCCGGCACGAGCUGUGAAUCAUCUAAAGUACUAAUAAGCCUGUUAGGUUAUAAUCUUAAGGAAUUAAGCGAAGACUUUAAAAUCGAAGUAGAUAAUAUCGAAUUGGUACUAAAUAAUUUAUUGUAAAUGUUGAAUAUCUGUAAAAUUAUUAACGCUUAACUGUUCAAAGAGCGAAUCAAAAUUCACUUAUUAUAAAAAGUGUUUACUUAACGAACGACAAAAUACGAAUUAUUGUAAUGUAUAAUAUAACAAAACUUUAAGUCUUUGCCUAUUACUUUUAAGGAAAAUUGUACUUAUUUUAAAACAAGUUAAAAAAAUAUCUAUUGUAUAUUUUAGCUUUUAUUUACUUUAUAAUUUAAAAUUUGUUUAUUAUAUUUUUAUAUUAUUGAAAUAUCAGAUAAAAUCAUUCCGAUUCGUUGUU